AUGCCUCCCACACGCCGCAAGCCCUCAGGUUCCACCGCGCGCGCCCAACAAACCCUCGCCUUCGGCCCCAACCCGAACAAAGUCACCAAACCCUCCCAGCCCGCCGCCGGCAACAAGAAGAAGAAACCCUCCCCCCCCGCGCCCACAGACGCGGAAAGACUCCCAAAAGCCGCCGCGGGCAUCUCGACACCGUCCCCCGGCCCGGAAGAGGAGGACCACCCGCCGCGGCCGGAUGCGCAACCGGAAAGCCCUCGUGCCCUCGCGAUCCGGGGCCAAGGCGGCGCCGCCGCCGCCGCGGACGCAGGGGUCUGGAAGAGCGAGGCCGAGGAGAAGGGGGGUCGGGUGUCGGACGCGCAGGUGAGGAGGUACUGGAAGGGCAAGGAGGAGGAGAGGAUCGCGCCGCGGGUGCACCAGGCGGGGGUGAGCGUCAACGAGAAGAUUCUGAGGCACUUUGACCUCUCGAGUCAAUACGGCGUAAGUUGCAUCCAUCCAUCCCACCUCGUGACCGCACUGCUUUCGGAAUGGGGGAAGAUGCUGACCGCGUUUUUCGGGGGGCCUACAGCCCUGCAUCGGGAUCCCGCGGAUGAAACGGUGGAAGCGGGCGGAGACGCUGGGGCUCAGGCCGCCGGUGGAGGUGUUGGGGGUGCUGGUGAAGGAGGAGAGGAGCGGGAACGGAAAGGCGGAGCGGGCGUUUAUGGAAGGGCUGUUGACGAGUAG